CCUCUCCUCCUCCUCCUCCUCUCCUCCCACAGAGGAUGCAGGACAGCGUGGAGUGGUCCUGAGCUCUGACUCCUGACUGACUGACUGACUGACUGCACAGUACAAGUGAUCAUCACGAGGAGGACAGUCAGAAAUCACUCUCUGUGAUCAGAUUGAUUUUUCCCCUCCACCUCCAUCCAAAUCCUUCCCUUCGUUAAUUUCCACCCUUGACUCGCGCGACAGCAUGCCGGAGCUCGGACUUGCACAUUUGGGAUGAUUUCUUCCACAAUGGUUCGCUUCAAAGGUGCAUUUGCACGGAGCUGCAGUUGAGGUUUUCAUCCAAAGUCUGGACUGGAUUCUCACAGCGUGAUGGAUACAAAUGCUUUAGCAGUACUGAAACUUUUUGUUGUUGGGAUUUUGGUCAAUGCCUGGAUGGCGAGAGGGUUGUCAGCCACCGACAGCUUCAACGUAGAGCCCACGCCCUCCCGGCCGAGGAAACCCUGCAAUGAGUCCCGUCUGCAUUGGGAGGUGGAGGUCUGUGGAGAGGAAUUCAAGCGGAACAUGGGUCACAUAGAUGGACAGUACUGGUGUAACCUCACACACAUCAUCAGUGAGUACCACCUCUUCACCGAUUGCACGGAGAAAAAGUCCACCCUCGUCAGCUGCUACUGGCCCAAUCCGCUGGUGGAGGGCUACAUCAUCCGCAUACACAAGCACUUUUUCUCCAACUGCACCAACAACGAGCCGGUAUGGGUGGACCCGCCGGACGACACGCUAACCAUCCUCAUCCUCAUCCCUGUUUUCCUCACGUUGGCCAUGAUCGCCCUGGUGGUCUGGUGCAGCAAGAGGAGUGACAUCCUGGCUUAGGAGGAGAGGAAGAUUGAAGAGGAUGGAGUUCAAGGUCCCAACCUCUUCACUAAAACAAUACUGUAAAAAGGAGUGCACAGGGUUUUGGGUGGUUGCCUCAGUUGAUCAAAUUACCCCAUAAGUGGCGCCAUGAACCACCUAAACUUCCUAUGGUAAUGAGGAAAGCAGUGUCUGGUAGUACAAAGUAGUAUUUUCUUUAAUAUUUAAUAUGUUAACUGUGAUUUUUCCCAGUUCUGACUCUGACAUACUAUCGCUCAACAUGUUCAACUGUUCCACACAUGUGUUAAUGCUUAACAGUGGAAUAUAUGGUAAAUACUUAUUUGUUUUCUCGCGCUGUUAAUAUGUAGCUGGAGCCAGCAACUGGUUAUCUUAGCUUAGCAUAAAGACUGGAAACAGGGGGAACAUAACCCCCUGUAUUAUCACAACGUGUUGCAUUUACACUUUGGUUUUUGUACAGAUUAAACAAACAAGAUAGAACAUGUUAUUUACAGAGCUUUAGAGGUGCUGGUAGGUGGAUUUUGUCACAUUUGGAUAGAGCCAUAUUUCCUCUUGUUUCCAGCCUUAAGCUAAGCUACGCUAACUGACUGUAGCUCUUUAUUUAGCGUACACACAUGAGAGUGGUUUCAAUCUUCUCAUUUAACUCUUUAAAAGAAAGCAAAUUAGUCUAUUUCCCGCAUUGUUGAACUAUUCCUUCCAGAGGAGUUAGGUCGUUUGACAUUGACAUCACUUAUUGGGUAAAUUGACCAGUGGGACAAUCGACCAAAACUUGGUGCAUUCUUUAAAGCUCAUGGAUCCGGAUCGUUGACCACGGGGAUUAUUGUCAGAGCACUGAACCGUUGCUGAAGGCCAAAGUAUCCACCAAGCAUCAGAGGCAGUGACUGGAGUCUAAACUGGUGGGAAAUGAGACUCCCAGAGGACACCACCAUGUGUUAAAUAUUUUAACAGGAUACUGUGUGAUGGCUUGGAUUUAAAAAAAAAAAAAAGAAGCCAAAUCUGGACUUAAUAUCGAUUCUGCAAUACAGUACCGUUGAGUUACUGAAUGGACUGUCACCACUGGAAAGGAUACACUGGUGUGCAAUCCAAAGAAAAGGCAACACUAUGAUUCAUAUAUUUUGGGACUUUAAUGUGUUGUGAGACUACCUGAGCCUGAAGGGACUGUUUUAUAAUAGUGUAACUUAUCAGAUACUCUUGAAUACUGUUAAUACUCACAAAGAGGGGGUUUUCAAUGGAAACAAAGAACAAUGAACUGACAUUGAGACCUCUACUGUACAGUCAUGCUCUCUGUCCGUGCUGUCUACUGUAUCUGCAUUGCCUCUCCAGUGUUACUCAGACACACUGACGCUUUGAAGUGAAUUCCUUUGGGGAAAGGCUUGAUUUAAUGUACGCACUUCAUUGGUUCUUUGAACCGCGGUCCUCAGCAGCCACGAGGCAAACUAAACCAAGCACUGCUUUUUUAUUUUCUUCCAAAGCAUCAAACUCUGUUUGUCAGCCCUCACCUGCACACUUUUGUCUAUGGAAACUGAUUAAAUCUCUCUUAAAAGAA